ACUAUAAAUACAGGUCAAUCGGGCCUGUGCACUUCGUACUUGCAACAGCAGCAACCACCAGCAGCAGCAGCAAGCCAAGCGAUCCACAAGCUAGCUAGCUUUUCACUUGAGCGGGCCUCGCCUCGCUCGUCUUAGGUUGUACUCGCACUUGCAGCUAGCGUUCCAGUGGUGGUGGUGGUGGUGGUGCUCGAUUGAUAUCUCGCUAGGCGACCGGCGGCGGCGGCGGAGACCGACGACAGCAUGAGCUAUGGGGGCAGCUCUUCUGGCGGGCGAGGUGGGCGGCGUGUGGAGUACGGGCGGACGUACGUGGUGAGGCCCAAGGGGAGGCACCAGGCCACCAUUGUGUGGCUCCAUGGCAUCGGCGACAAUGGCGGCAGCUGGUCCCAGCUCCUGGAUUCUCUUCCACUGCCCAAUGUCAAAUGGAUUUGCCCUACUGCACCAACGCGGCCUGUCGCGGCUUUCGGUGGAUUCCCUUGCACUGCAUGGUUCGAUGUGGACGAGACUUCACUGGACGGCCACGCUGACAUCGAAGGCAUGGACGCUUCAGCCGCGCAUGUGGCGAACCUGCUGUCCUCCGAGCCAUCUGAUGUGAGCCUUGGGAUAGGAGGGUUCAGCAUGGGCGCUGCCGCUGCGCUCCACUCCGCCGCGUGCUACGCUCACGGCAGAUUCACCAACGGUGUCGCCUAUCCGAUCAACCUCAGGGUCGUCGUCGGUUUGAGUGGCUGGCUUCCUAGCUCCAGGACCCUAAGGAGCAAGAUCGAGAGCUCGCAGCUCGCGCUUCGAAAAGCUUCCGGCUUGCCAAUCCUGCUCAGCCAUGGAAUGGCCGAUGAGGUUGUCACCUACAGGAACGGCGAGAGGUCAGCUGAGAUUCUACGGAGCUCGGGAUUCCAGUACACCUACUUCAAACCCUACAACGGGCUUGGUCACUACACUAUCCCUGAAGAGAUGGACGACGUCAGCAAGUGGCUGAGGUCAACGCUGGGACUCUGAGCGGCCUAUCUCGUGGCUAAUCUCAAAGUCAAAUACGUUGGCAUACAUAGAGAAAGAGAGAGAGAGGUAUUGACAAUAUGCAGAGGGUUUGAUAGGCUAUGUGAUUUGUGAGUUGACUGUCAUGGCUUGGUAGGCUGUAACUCCACGCGCUUAAUUUCUCUCACUGAUACAUAUACAUACCAUGUUAGUUUACCGGUAAUGUACCCUGUUACUACCACUAAAGAGGAUGCCUGUAAUGCAGUAUUUGUAUUGCUCGGUUUUUAAAUACAUAUGAGUUUUUGCAACAUAA